AAAUUCACCGAAUUUCUCUAAACACAUUUUAAAAAAGCUUGAAGCCAAUCAUAAAUGAAACGGAACUUUAAAAUGGUAAUGAACUCUACUCACUCUCAUGUUGUGAUCAAGUGGCUGAAAAGUACCCACGCCUUCUAAAGUGCUCUCCCCUAUCCCUCUGCUAAAGUGGCUGAUGUCGCUUCUGUUCAUCGAUAGUACUAGCGAAGUGGGACAAGCACUAGCAUUAUAAAUCCUAGUGAUGUGACGGUCUGACCUUUCCACACUGAUGCCUCUACUCGCCACAGAAAAGAAUGAAGCAAUAAACUCUCAUACUUUUAUCUUCGAGUGACAUCUCAUUUGCCAGGAAACAUAGAAUGUGACACACACUUAUCAGCGAGAAGAAACGUAUGAUGAUUUGGAGCGUGUGAAAUCUACAGCCGACUUUCAAAACCUGCACCCAACCGAAGCCAGAUGCGGAGAUGCUCUUAGGCUGGACACUGGCAGUCAGGCAGGCAUGGAGGCAGGCAUGGGGCGGGCAGGCCAGGAAGGAAGUUAUUCUGGAAGAAGGGACGGGACAGGUCUCGGCGCUCCGUAUCGGAGAUGGUACAUCGAUGUACUUUGAGUACUUGGCACCAACUGUAGAGAUGGCAGGCUGCGUACUCACAAGCGUCUCGAGGCAGGCCUCGGGUUCACCAGCAGCAGCAUCAGUGCGGGGCACUUCUGCGUUUGACCACUUCGCUCUGCAUGGCCGAGGGGCCGGGUUGUACCCGAGCAUCGGUCGAUGGCCCUAGUCAUUCGUGGAUUUCGUGGAUUCGCCAGGAAAUUUAGUACGAAGACGAGGCAGGCGUCUUCUCUGCACCGGAGCUGCGUUGUCGCUUGUCUCAUUGAUGGAGUGACGGACCAGGGAAACAGGGCCGACGGUGUUACCGUCUGAUCAUGGCGAGAACGAGGCGGAGAGCCGAUAUGCUUGCAUCUACAGCUCAGAUCCCUCGCGUAGCUAGCUGCCUGCGUAUAGACCGUCACCUUUGGUACUCGUGAAUCGUGUAAGUCUAUGACAUCAGUGCAACUUGGCCCCUGUUCACCGCCUGCAGUCCAAAAGGCGUUCGCCCUUAAAAUUAUACGCCCAGAUUGCUGUGCACGGUCCACGGUACUUCACCACUUGCUUGUCGUUGAGAACAGUUUUCUUGCAUGAUUAACUGACUCUUUCGAGUUUCCGACUCGUCCAGGCUUCUCUUCGUCCACACACUCGCCUCCACUGUUCUCUCCGCAUAACAUCUACUCGGGCCACAGCGCGUCGUUGGGUUUACCGUACACGUUAUUGUUCCGGAGACGGAUUCUGAGGUGAUUCGGAAUACAUUUCAUAUCCUAAUUGUCCAACUCGAACCUCGCGUCUCCCACCUUAAAAUGUCCAGAGAUGACAGAAACACGACAGAUGCGCCAUUGUCCUUCUACCCGCAGGAAGGCCCGACUCCGGACAUGCUGCUCAUGCCACUGUCGCCGGCCUCUCCGUCGGCCAGUUCGGGUACCAACUCCUGGACUUGCGUAAGUUCGUUCACACAUCAAUCGUAUUGAUGAGAUGGGGGAGGUCGGAGUGGCAAUGGGGAAAAAUUGAUAGAUGGAUUUUGACCUUUGGCUGCGAGGACGUACAUGGCUUCCCUCCUACACUUCGAGCCCGCCGGCCUUCUCCACGCUAAUCGCAGCGGAAAGAUCCCUCUUCCCGGUGCUCGGUUUAGGUUGGUCGGUCCAUCGAGUUUGCCUAAGACGAUGAAAACUUGAGAGCGUUUGGGGGAGAAUUUGAGCGUCCGUCGGAGGGGGAGCUUGAUUGGCAGGUCGGACAUGACACAUGGCCGCAGAUACAUACCACGCGGUAUGCGGCAGAAACAAGGUUCAAAGGAAACCGUAGAGUGAGCCCGUGACAUACACGCUGCGAGGCGUAGGACAACAUGGAAAACAUGGAGAGCACGGAAAACACGUGCGAAUGAAUGAUUACACGGGCUGUGGAGCUCUCUCCCGUCCCAGACGCUCCGUCGACUGCGCUUGGGUCAAAAUUAAGGGGUGUCAGUGCCUUGAGAACCUUGAGAGGGCUAGUACAUUCCA